UGACGCUGGGCCGGGGCGGGGGGCCCGUGCCCGCUAUCGGGCCGUCCGGGCGGGAGGCAGGGCUAGAUCCGGGCGGUGAAGGUCGGGACGGGAUCCGGGGUCGCGUUUAAGUUUGACGGACCUGUGGGUCGGAGGCGAAGGCCCGGAAGGAGGCUUUACCGGGGCGCGCCGCCGCUUUCUCCCGGUGGAAGGUAAAGCCCCAGGCUUGCGCAUCCCUCCCAGGCUCGCGGGUUCCUGGCCCGGGUCCCACGCCUGGGGCAGUUCCCCAAACUGGGAGACGGAUCGGUGUACGCCGAGGGGAGGAGCUUAGGUGGGCUGAGCCAGCGUGUCUGGGAAGCAAGCUUUCCUUCUGUGUGACCCCGGGUGGCCAGACUGCCCCUGGACCGAAAAGACCGGGAGUCGGGGGAGAGAGAAGCCGGGGCAGCUCUAAGCAGCUAAGGGGAGAGAAGGGUGGAGAUGUGGACAGCCAGCGGAAGUUUUGAAGUACAAGCGUGGACAGGAGAAUAGUUUUGUUUACCCCAGUGAAUUCCUGUCAGAGGAGGUUGGGGUCCCACUGGUGCCUGAAGUUAACGAAAAGGGUCCCGUUGGGUAUCCGACAUGGUGGCUGGGGACUCUUGGGAAGUGACAGCCUGUGUGGGGUGUGUCCUCCGUCUUUGCACGGCUGUGUGAGCGUUUACCGACUUGUCUGUCGUGGAGGUUCUUGAGCUCUGUUCUGUAUUGCUUCCCUUUUCGGGGUUUUCAUGGCCAGCUUAGCUUACCUUUUGGUUUGCGCCUGGGGGAUGUCUUCUCAGCAUUGAGCACGCGCCCUGAGGUGCUGAGUGUUUUGUUCGUUUGGGGUGGAACUUUAUGCCCUGUGAAAAUUCAAGGCCCCAGGACAGUGUUUGAGCUCUCGAGUCACUAUGCUUCUGUGAGCAUAAAGUGUUAAGUUAUUUUCAAAUAAUGCCAGUAUCCAAGGGGGGGGAGACCUAAGUUGGGGUUUGCGGGCAAGAUUGAGCAAGGAAGAGCCACCGUCUUCCUUGAGACUAAAUCUGGAUUGUCCAGUGUGAGAGGACAAAGGUGCCCAGACCUUUUCUGCCGGCCUGAAUGGUGGCCUUGGUGUCCUGCAGCCAUCCAUAGCUGUCAGUACUGGGAGGAGGACCGAGUUGGGGGCAACCCGGCCUUGAUCAACCUCUCAGGCUCUGAAAAGCUCUCUGAACUACACCCCAGCACAGCUGUCCCCCAAAACGGUCUGCCUAGUCCCUCUGUCCCUGGGCUGUCACGCAGCUGGAAGCACUGGCUCUGCUGAGACCUGCCCUUCCCCGUGAGCAUACUAUGAGUGUGCACACACGCAUGUUUGCACACACACAUAUGCACACACACAUAUGCACACACCUUUGAUCAGGAGGCAAUUGGCUGCGCUUGUGCUGAGUUGAGGCCUUUGGUGAGGGUGAAAUCUGUUGAGGAGGCACUUUUCAGCUCCCAGCCGCCUCACUCUGCACUUUUCUGUGCCAUCUCAGGAAGUCACCGUUUUUUGCUCAGCAGUCUGGGGAGAGCCCUCAUCUCCCUCACCUCGGCUUAGGUUGCUGGUGUGGUGUGGGGCUGACUUGUAGGAAAAACAGAUCCAUUCAGGCCUCUGGUUCUGACUUCUGCCUUUCUCUUUGAUCUGGCCGCUCUCUUGCCUCCGAAAAUCUAAUCCUGUAGACUUGUCUCUAGCUGCUGCGCUAGAUAUGUGCUUGUAGCCACACGUGCUGUUCAAGGCUGAGAGUGGGGGGUCUCUGCUCCAAUGAGAACACGUGCCUUUGCUGCCAGCGUCAGUUCUCUUGAUAAGUAUGUGGACCCCCGCUCACACAGCACAUUGCUUCCUGACGUGCUCACAGCCUUCAGCCUCACCCGCAGGUCCUUCCUCACAACCUGGAGAGGAGAGGGUGUUUACCCAUGGGACUGGGGGGGUUGGCUAAGUGGGGAUUCCCAGCCUAGGUGGAUAAAAAUGGCCUUGGUGGGGCUUUAGAAAGCUGAAAAUGAGACUGAGUGCCAGGGGCCGGCUGGCUGUAGGAGGGAGUAGAUGUUUUCCUGUUGUUCCCUGGCCCUGUGGUCACUGACCCUAGGCAGAAAGCCAGAGACCAGUCAGUGACCCAAAGGGCCUGGCUCUUGCCUGCUUCCAGCUAACAGUGCCCUUCUGUGCUAAUUGUGGGGUGCUUGUGAAACAGUCUGUGUUGGGUGGGGCAGAAGCACAGGAUGCCACAACAGGCCACAGGAUGGUUAGUUACUCCAUGUGUGAAGGAGGUGGACAGGGAGGACUGGAGGGCCCAGGCUCAGCUCCUCCCAGCCUGAUUGCCUGCUCCCUGGAAGGUGAGAGGUUCCCAGGCAGGCAGUGAGGACAAACUCGGUCCUCUGCCAGAGUGAGGCAGGAAGCAGCCCCUCAGUCCUAGAGGGAGAAGGGGCUUUAUCCCGGGCCAGCUGGGAAGUAGGAUCCUGGAGUACAGGUCCCUGGAUGACCCUUGCUUGCUGUAGUCCCAGUAUUGGGUCUCCCGGGAACUGUUGGCUGGCCUCGGAGCGGGAGAACGGCUCGGGAAGGGAGGGAGGUGAUGUGCUGAGUCAGCGUGACUCGCCAGGAACAGUGUGCUCCGGGGCAGCGCUGGGGUUAUUUUUAAAGCUCGCUUCCUUCUAGGCUUGCCCCUCCUGCAGCCCAGACCUUCUGAUCUCUCUCUCUCUGUUCCCUUUGUCUUUUACCUUCACAUCGCUGAUUCUUCCUCUGGGAAAAUCUCCCUGACUUCCCACCUAGCUCUCUAGGCAAAGGGCCUUCUGAAGAGCCCAGCUCAGGAUAAGCAAGGUGCUUGGGCUGUCCUCAGGUCAGAGUGCCUGCUCACUGUGUCCCCCGGGUUAUGACGACCCCCAAUAAAGGAAGCAAGGCCUUAAAGGUGAAGCGGGAGCCCGGCGAGAAUGGCACCAGCUUGACCGAUGAGGAGCUGGUGACCAUGUCGGUUCGAGAGUUGAACCAGCACCUGCGAGGCCUCUCGAAGGAAGAGAUCAUCCAGCUGAAGCAGCGCCGCCGCACACUGAAGAACCGGGGCUACGCCGCCAGCUGCCGCGUGAAGCGAGUGACGCAGAAGGAGGAGCUGGAGAAGCAGAAGGCGGAGCUGCAGCAGGAGGUGGAGAAGCUGGCCUCGGAGAACGCCAGCAUGAGGCUGGAGCUCGACGCGCUGCGCUCCAAGUAUGAGGCCCUGCAGAACUUUGCCAGGACCGUGGCCCGCAGCCCGGUGGCCCCGGCUCGGGGUCCCCUCGCUGCUGGCCUGGGGCCCCUGGUCCCUGGCAAGGUGGCUGCCACCAGCGUCAUCACAAUAGUAAAGUCCAAGACGGAUGCUCGGUCAUAGGGACACGUGCAAUCGCCGGGCAGGUCGUUGAGGGGCCGCUAGGUGCGUGGCAGAGUUGGCAGCCCUGUCCCUUUCCCCCUCCCUGUCCUUUCUCCUCUCCCUUCCCCGUUUCCUUUCCUGCAAAGCACAACCUGCACCCAGGGGCACUGGGCUGAGCCCCUUUGAUACCAUCCUUGUCGUCACGCCUGUGUUUUGUACGUUGGGACCGGUCAGUUCAAAAGUGAUGUUGGGUUGCCCCUCACCCCUUUGUACCAAGGCCAUGCGGGCCGGGGGUCCAGAGUGGGCAUUGUGGGAAAGGACAAGCGUGCAAAUGGGAAAGUGCACUGGGCUGAGGUCUGCCCGUCUCCUUGGUGGUCUGCAGGCCCCACAGGCUGCCAGGCUGCAGGACUUGAGAGCUUUCUUUUCAGAUUCCAGUGGGCCUCUCGGCUUGAUUGAGAAGGAAGAGGCGGUCUCUGCCUGAAAAGUACUUAUGUCUCGAAGGCCCUGGGAGGGUAGGCUGCCAGCCUGGAAACUGGGGCAGGAGCCAUGGUGCCGGAGCCUGGCACAGUGCACUGGAUAAGACCAAAUCGCCGGUUAAACGUUUGGGUGGAAGGUGUGUUUGUGUCCUGCGAUGGGUCCGGUGUCACUGUUUACACGACCUAUUUGUGUGGUUAUAUAGCCCUUUAUUUAAGAGAAGUUCCUUUUACGAAGUUAUUAAAUUAUAUGUUUAAGAGCUAAAAAGAAAAAAAAAGCUGCAGAGUAUUUAUAAAAUUGUCUUAAAAAAACAAAAACAAAAAACAACAUUUGACCGUCUAAAUGGAGAAGGGAAGAAAGUAUAGUAGAAACUUUGCUAGUUUAAAAAAGCCCUUUCUUGUAAACAUGGGGACAGCGCUGUGGCUGUUGGAGUUUAGUUUUUAUACACAGAGUUAUCAGACAUUACUUAUAAAACUUAGUUUAAAAAAAAGGAAAAAAAGAAGAAAAAAAAAAAGCCAAGCUGCAAGCCUCCCAGAGGCUGUCCUCUUUGAUAUCUCUUUUGCAAUUGUACCGAAAGUGACUUACUCCUUUGCCCUUCCUGCUUCCGUCUUGCCGGUGCCGUGGUGUUGUCCGUGCCUGGUGAGGUUUUGUGCGGCCGUAAAGUGCUGGUGCUUCUGGUGACCUUUGACCUGUGGCUGUCCCUGUGUUUUGUGUGUGCGUGUGUUUUGGAUUUCGUGGUUUUGCUUCUGCUGGCUUGCUGGACCUGGGUUGGGCUGGGGUCCCAGGCAGAACUUACUCCAGGGGAGUACAGGAGGCUGCCUGCCAGCUCCUGUUCCUCUGCACUUGUCCCAUUCCUCUGCCACCUGGUCCCUCUGAGCCUUGGCUUCACCUGUGGGCCUAGGGCUUGGGUUGGUACAGUGGCGGAGUCAGUGAACUUGGGAGCUGUCUUGGGUUCCCAUUGCUGCUUCCACAUCUACCACCUCUGGCCCCGGGUGGUGACAUUGCAGGGACCAAGGAGUCACUGUGGGUGCCCACAGGGCUGUGGCCUACCUGUCUCUGGCCGUCUUCCUCCUGGCCUCAGCUUAGCUCCUAUAGGCUUCGUUUGGGGCCUUGGCUAGGCCACCCCAGCACCUGCCUUGUGGGUUGGGGGAGUCCUAACACCCACCUGUUCCUGAACUCCCGUCCUGUGGGGUAUUGUUUCCCAGGCAGAUUGGUCAGGGGUCCCGCUUGGGGCAACCAUUCUCCCCUGCCUCACUGUGAGAGCCUGGAGGCCUCCACCAUUGCUAGACAAGGGCUUCGGCCCCAGGGCCAGGUCUGUGUCUUCCCCCACUGUCUGCAGCUCUUGGCUUUGGGCCCUUCUGCCUCCCUUCAGGAUCUGUGUCUUCCAGGGAUCCGCUAUUUGACUUGCAGGUGCUUCCCUGCAGGGUCCAAGCCUGCCUCCUUAUGAGCCCAGCUGUCCAGUGGAGGCUGCCCACCUUCCAGGCUUGGCUCAGGAAGCUCCUCCUAAGCAGAUGACCCCUGUCUGGUCACAUGGCCCCUUGCUGACGUUGCUUCUUGCUGACAUUGCUGGUGUCUUCUCUGGGGCCCCUGGAUCCCUGAAAAGCACAGAAAUGUGAGCUGAUGAAAGGAAAGACUGUGGCCUGAUAGGCCUUUACCUCGUAGGCAGCAGGAUUUUCACUCAGUUUGACACAGCUUGCAGUGCUCUGGGUGCGGGACCUCUGCCAGCCCUGGCAUUUUAUUUUGGUGGGCUUCUUUGGCUCAAGGUGCUCAGACACUCCCAUUGAUGCCUGAGUCAGAUGUGAGUGGCACUCUGAACUGUUGAUUAUAAGUUACCAGGUGACCUCAUCCCCUCCCCUUGGCUCUCUGACUGGUAUCCAGAUGAGUUGCUGAUUCUGACUGUGGCAGCAGAGCUGGAAUGGAUUGUGCCCAUGCCUAGAGGAGGAGAGGGAGAGGCUCACCAAGCUUUUUGGUCCUGGCUGGGUGGUAGUGUAUAACUGAGCAUGGCCUUCUGUGUGCCUAGCUCCAGCCUGCUGGGAGGAUGAGGAAGAGGAGGUUGAGGCUGGGUGUGUGUUGAACAGAAGGAGCAGGUCUUAGCUUCUCGACUGAAUGGAGCCGUGCUCGUGGCUUUCAGAUUUGCAGCCUCCGCUUCUUGGGUCUGGGAGCAUCCCUGCUGGCAGCCCCGCAGAGCCCCUCUUUGCCCGUACCCUUGAUCUCCUGACAGUACAUCCUGUGUCCAGUUGUGACUGUUGACUGUUUUUCUGAUCAUUGUCAAUUCCAUUUUCCUACUGUGAGGGUGUUGUAUUUGACUUUCUGACACAGCGAAUGGAGAGCUUUGGCUGAGGCCAGGUCUCCCAGACUUCUCCGCUAAGUAAACCAUAAUGUGCACCUUCCCUCCUGCCGUGACUUUGCCUGACCUCCUUCCUUGGACGUGGACACUCAGAUUUCAAAGAGAACCCAUCAUGAGGUGGCUCGGUUUUCUCUAGAGUGCUGUCCCAGAGAGUCCUCCCCUCUAUUGUGUCUGGCUGCUAACGUUGUGGCAUUGGUGCAGGGUCUCCGUGCCAGCAGUGAGUUCUUCUGGUUCCACUAUCAUCACCAGGCUUCCUACAGGCUGUUCUCAGUUCACCAUUCAGGUCUGUGUGUGUUAGCAGCAGCCUUGGUGUUCGGUGCCAGGGUUUGCAGUUCUGAUAAGCUACAGCCCACUUGGAGAUGGUGAGGCCACUUCCCUGCUACCUCCCUCUCUCGUGUGGCCACUUGGCCAAAGCUGCCAUCCACAGCUGGGAUGUCUGAGCCACAGCCUGCUGCACUGCUUCCGCUCUGGGAUCUUCUGAGUUACUUUUUUAGGCUGUGGUUUAGUGAAAGGAACCAACACAUUAACGAUUUUUUUUCCCCAGAAGCCACUGAAUAAUUCUUGGCUUGUUUUCUUGUUCCUGGUGGCUGCCUGGUUUGGGAGCAGUCGUGGAGAAGAGGAUGGAACCAGUACCACACAGGCUGCAGACAGCCUGCCUGUUCUGGCGUGUGUCCUGGCAUGUGCUGUACCUGCUGGGCCAGCUGUACGCGUUUCUACCCUGCCCCUGCAGCAGCAGCAGCGCUAAUAGGUGGGAGUCUGAGGUGGAGUGUGCUAGGGAGUGUCCCUGAUAGAAUCCCCUGUUCUCUGUGACCCCAGUUGGGCUUUUGGCCCCUCCAGCAACUUCAUGCCCCAGCCCUGCAUUCCCCCCCCCCAUCCUCUCUCGUCUGCUAGUCCCUGAAGCCUUUAACCAAACUGGAGUGGGUACAGAAAUCCUUCUCCUGGCAACUUAGGGCAACAGGACAAGGGCUAUUGUAGGUCUGGCUCUGUUGGGUCUCCUGGUGCUGAGAGGUGUGUCCAAGCAGAGUUAAUCAGCCCCUGCCUGCCCUGCAGGGCUGAAGCCAGGGGGAGGUUAGAGAGUACCCUAAAUGGGGUAGGGGUCCUUAAAGAUCUGAGGAGGGGCUGGGGUGUGGCUGCAAGGUGAGACCCGGUUUCCUGCACCUGGGCAGGGCCCUCGGGGAUCUGGCUGCAGGUGAGGUCUGGACGUUCGCCCCAGUGUAGAGCGAUCAGUCCCUGGCCUCAGCCGGCAGCAGCCUUGGUGCCCAUCCAUGCCCUGCGCAGUAUUUAUUGCUAAAUUAUUGUCCAGGAGGGGCGGCGCUGGGCCAGGCCCCCGGGUAUUUAUUGCUGUACAUAGUGUAUGUUUGUGAUAUAUAAGGUUUUCUUUAUUUUGUAUAUGAUCAAUAAACGCCUUUUAAAGAGA